GGAACGUUAGGUCUACAACUCUACUGAAUAAUUGACACAAACUUUUCUGCAUUGACAGAACAUAAAACACCACAUUAUGGUUUAAUGAAGCUGUUCUGCUGCUAGGUGGAGAGGCCGAAAGGUGGGGCCGAGGGCGUGGCCAGGCACUCCAGCUAGGAACCAUGCAGCAGAAGAGGAACAUCCAGAUCAUAGAAUGGGAGGACCUGGACAAACGCAAGUUCUACUCCUUUGGAGUCUUCAUGACCAUGACCAUCCGUGCCACGGUCUACCCUGCCAUGCUCAUCCGUACCAGGCUCCAGGUCCAGAAAGGGAAGUCGCUCUACACAGGAACCUACGACGCCUUCCGGAAGAUUCUGCGAGCCGAAGGCGUCCGGGGGCUUUACCGGGGUUUCAUGGUCAACACGUUCACGCUCAUAUCGGGGCAGGCGUACAUCACCACAUACGAGCUGGUCAGGAAGUACGUCUCCAACUACUCCAGGGACAACACGCUGAAGUCUCUGGUGGCGGGGGGGUCGGCGUCGCUGGUGGCCCAGAGCAUUACGGUCCCCAUCGACGUCAUCUCCCAGCAGCUCAUGAUGCAGGGCCAGGGCGAGCAUCUCACACGCUUCAGGGUCAAAGCGGCGACGGGAGCCAAGCACGCCGUAACUUUCGGACAGACCAGAGACAUUAUAGCUCAGAUAUUCGCGGCGGACGGGUUCCGCGGGUUCUACCGCGGGUACGUGGCCUCGCUUCUGACGUACAUACCCAACAGCGCAGUCUGGUGGCCGUUUUAUCACUUCUACGCAGAGCAGCUCUCCAAAAUGGCCCCAAGUAACUGCCCACAUUUACUGCUGCAGGCCGUGGCUGGACCACUCGCGGCUGCCACCGCCUCUACCGUCACCAACCCCAUGGACGUGGUCAGAGCCAGAGUUCAGGUGGAAGGCAGGACGUCGGUCGUCGAGACCUUCAAGGAGCUGCUCAGAGAAGAGGGAUUCUGGGGGAUGACCAAGGGCCUCUCCGCCCGCAUCAUAUCCUCCGCCCCUACAGCCAUCGUCAUGGUAGUCGGCUACGAAACUCUGAAAAAGCUCAGCCUGCGUCCGGAGCUGGUGGACUCCCGGCACUGGUAGAGGAGAACGUGCUUUGGUUUUACAUCCGUGACUCUUUAUCUCGCUCCACUCCUGAUUGAGGAGCAUUGUGACUAACACACGCCCCCUCCGACACGUGUGCAGCACCGACCGCUUCUUUUCACCUGAACCUCCCGUCUCUGUGCAACACCUAAACCAGCCAGCAGAGGGCGUAACUUCAGCAGUUAUAAGGUGCAGAUGUCUGGUUUUUAACAGUAGAGAUUUAUUUGAAAAUCAAAUGAAUGAAACUUUAUUUAAAUAUUCUUUAUAUUUUAAAUUAGUCUAUAAAAACUAAUCUGCCCUUCCCCAAAUUAUCCCAGAAUCUAAACUGGGUCCAGACUUACUUAUUCAGACCAAGUGAUUAAAAAAACGUUGGUACAAUUAUUGACUGAUUUUGAGUCUGGACAGUGGCUCAUUACUGAAUUCUUAUUCUUUUGCAGAUUAUGUUGUUUUUAGAUUAUUGUUGAUGUUCUAAAGUCAGAAAAUAGAUUUAAUUAAAAAAUGUUCUGACUUUAUAACCACUGUCACGUUACCCACCCUGUAAACGAUCAGUGCUGUGGAAGUGGAACUGCUGCUCAGGAGGAAACGGGAGACUUAAUAGUGCGUAUUUUAGGACUAAUUUAUUGUUGUUUUUUCUACAGAUGUGUGAACAUUCUGUCUGUUUUUAAACUGUUCUGGAUUUAUUUAGGAUGGCGUCUUGUCCUGCACCGCUUGAACAUGUUCUGUGAGGAUAAAUGCACAGCGCUGAGAUUGUGAUUGUCUUUAAAUGCACUAUAAACACGUCACAUGUAA